CACGACUAAGAAGAUUCCUUCGGGUUUCGAAUUAUUCAAACCCAGCAGCACAAGUCAUUGUGAUCAAAAUGAAACGCAUAGAACAAACAUUGUUUUGAGACGUCUCGGUUGAGGUUGGAUCGUCACGAGCAGCCAAUGGUCGAGAAUUACUAGAGGGGGGAGUUGUGCAGGCUCGUGCGCUCGUGGUCGUAUGCAGUAGUAUGCUUGUGUUGGGUUUCGAUGCGUAUGUGCAAUGGUACGUAGUCGCCAAAUGAGUGUAAACUCAACUGGCGCUUGCUACACGUUCGUUUUUCAGCCUCAAGGGAACGAACGUUAGUUAAUCAGAAAAAAAGGAAAACAAGGCUUAAUGUCGAAGGCGUCGGGUUCGUGACGCGUAGCUAAUGAUAAAUAAUAGUGCUGCGACAAAAGUGGGAUCGCCGCUUUCGAGUGACGUCGCGGCGAAAUAUCAGGUGGCCCAAAAAAGGGGUAGAACUCGCUAAGGCCCUGGCUUCAGGCCCGUACAUAUUUUGUCGAAAAAAUAAUACGACACACGCAUAACAUAAACAUGGACGCCGUGGAUAUGGACACGGAGGAGGAUUCUCAUGAUGACACGAUCGAAGAGACCGAAGUUUGUCGAGUUUGCUUGCUCGGACAUAUGAUUAUGCGUGAUCUUUUCGUCGAAAACAAUGUCACUUCGCUCUCCGCCAAAGCUAUGAGCUUCGCUAGUGUUAAGAUGGUACCCGAAGAUGGUUUGCCCGCUCAAGUUUGUUGCAACUGUGCUGACAAGUUAGAAGCGGCUUAUGAGUUCAAACUUCAAGUGGAACAGGCCGAUAAUAUACUACGACAAAGAUACGACGGACUUAACAUUAAGGAAGAGCUCUUUUUCAACGAAGUAGAAGUCCAUUUAGAAGCGGAAAGGGGUGACGACGUUCACAGUCUCAACGUCGACGUCCAUUAUCAGGCGACCGUCGAUAGCUUGAACAGCGUUGAUACGGACAGUCAAAAGUCCAGUCUGCUCAAAGAUCAUUUGGCACUUUUAGAAGUGGAAAAACUAUCGAAACAACAAAGCACUCUAACAGAGCACAAACAGGAUGAAGUCUUGGAUGAAGAAAAUGGAGUAUCCGCGAUGCUUGAGGCAAACGAUGGUCAUUCGCAUUAUUUGGAUGAGAGCGAGGGCACCGUAGUUGAGUUGGGUGAUUGUAACAACGUGGAUUAUCGUGAAACGGUGAAAGCCCAGGGGAUUCAUGAUUCUGAUGGGAUAACCGCGGAGGAGCAUAAUUAUAUAAUGCAACAGGGCUAUACAUUGACGCGCAAUGAGGGUGAAGAAUUGGUGUCGCAAGAGAGCGUUGAUUCUGUAAACAACGAGACGGUCAAUUAUUUGGCACUGAUGGAAGAUGAAAUGAGAGCGAAAGAGAUGCAUCGUCAAGAGGAAACUUUAAAUACAGUCGAGUCCGAACAGCAAGAACAGGAAAGGAUUAAAAAAACUGAAAUUUCACCAAACGAAACACGUCGCAGUAAACGUAGGUUGAGUAAACGUAAUUGCACGAACGAUGAGGACAACUAUUUCGAAAAUUUGAAUCUAAGCAGCAGACUAAAGCGAACGCAAUCGCAGGAGAAGAGUGAAAAAACGUAUUUCCUCUGCUAUUUGUGUGAUAAAAGAUUUCUUUCUAAAGAAAUACUGAAGGAACACAUGCACUUGCACGAAGAAGUGAGACGCGCGUUAUCAUUGAAAAAGCAAGAAAAGUCUGAUAAAUCUAUGACAAGCCCAACGAAAAAUCCAGUUCCUUCUACGAGUACUACACCACCAAUCACCGGCAACAAUUUGUCCGGUAAAAAAGCCAACAAAUGUCCCUAUUGUGGCAAAGAAUAUCUCUACGUAAUAUCGUUCAACAAACACCUUCGUCAACAUGAAAAAAACAAAGGGUUCAAUUCAAAGGAUUCAUCCUUUUCACACGAGGAUUCUGGACGUGACGAUGCCAAAGAUUCCUCGGAUUAUCUUGAUUACGAUGAGACUAGAGAAUCCCCUGAUAUUAAUAACCAUAUGAAUACGAAUGAGAACGAUACGAGUAUAGUUGAUGAGGAUCUGGACGACGAAUUCCACUUUGGAAUGGAGACGACUCAUGGAAAUCCGUCUCCCAAAAAACACAGACGAAGAUCGAUGCGCAACGAAACGGUCUCUUAUCCAUGUGAAAAAUGUAAUCAAAGCUUCGCCAACAAACGCUCACUUCUGGAGCAUUCGAGCAUACAUUUUGCCAUUUUUAAAUGUAGCACUUGCGAGCGCGAAUUUGACGAAUUGGAGAAACUUCGUAAACACAGAACCGAACAUGUUGUCGAGGGUGUCCUGUCCCAACAAGAUCUCGAGGAUAACGUUUACGAGAAUGAAUUCGAUGCGCGAUCGCACGAGAACGAUCCCAAUGAAAUUUACAAAAACAAUGAUUUCGAAGAAAAUCAGCUGGAAAGUUGUGAUCACCAGGAAGAAGACGAAGACGAUGAUCAAGAGAAUAACAUUGAUACAGAGAAUUCGUGGAACUUGGAAGUUGAAGGCGAGGAGGACGAUCACGAGGACGAUGAUAUGAGAGAGAUGUCUGUAAAUUGGAGAGACGGCAAAAAUUACAAAUGCCCACAUUGUACGAUAACGUGUUCGAGCAAAAAAUCGUUGAUACGCCAUGUCGAAUAUCAUGAAGGGGCGACACAACGAAUUUGUAAAUUGUGCAAAGCCGAAUUCGCCAGCAAAGAGGAACUGCAACAACACGUCGAGCAGGAAUACGCUUGUAAAACGAAAAUAUUUAAAUGUACCGAUUGUAGCAAAAUAUUCGGUAACGAAUUGACAUUGCGAAAUCAUCUGUUCGCGACAAAUCAUAAAACCAUUCUUCAUGGUGAACCUUACGAUCCGAAUAAAAGAAUAAAAAGAGUGGCUGCGAAAGCAGCUCAGAAAAUAAUUGAUAAAAUAAAAACGGAAGGGGAUUUUGAGGAUUCGGAGGAGGAUGAAAAAUCAACGAAUUCGGAGUAUCAAGAAGAAAAUCCGGAUCUCAGCGAUUCGAAGAUGAAUAACGUUCGAUGGAACCACCGCCAAGACGUUAAAAUUGAUGAUAUGACAUCGCCAAAAAAAACGCAAACGCAACGUAAUAAUCGUCGAGGGCACAAUUACGAGUGUGAAACUUGCGGACGUAAAUGUAGAUCGAAGCAAUCGUUAACGAAGCACAUGUUGCAGCAUCCUGUCAAAGACGAGAAAAUCGAUACAGCCGAGAACUUGGAAACUUUGCGUAGAAACAAUCUUACACAAAUGUCGGAACGAUCAGGACCGUUCACCAAUCAACAACAAAUUAAUAGAACGAUGAAUUUCAAGGGAGAGGAAAGAACGGAGGACGAGGAAGAGAACGAUGACAAUUCGGAUUUCGAGAGCGGUCUCGAUUGGCCGGUGGACAGUCACGAGUGUCCGACGUGUAAGAAAAAAUACAGUACGAAAAAGUCUCUUUUGCGUCAUCAAUUGUUACACCAAAAGCCCAAUUUUGAGUGCGACAUUUGCAACGUGAAAUUUUAUCGCAAGGACAAACUCAAGUCCCACUACGACAAGUGCUCGGAAAAGAAUCCGGAUCAAGUGAGAAAAUGUAACAUAUGCGGCGACACCUUUGAAAACAACGAUAUAUUGAAAGAGCACAGAAGUCGUCACGUGGACGAAGGUAUAUUGACGGAAGAGGAUCUUCGUGAAAUCGAGCCAGGAAUGGACGAGAGAAAAGAAUCGACGAAGAUAGCUCGAAAGAGACGAACCGAUAUCGUAGGGCUCGAAUGUACCGAAUGCAACAAACGUUAUACCUCGAGGAAAGGCCUCUUACGACACAUACAAGUACACGAGGGUAAAAAAUAUCUUUGUGACAUUUGUCCGAAGAAAUUUUAUCGUCGUGAACACUUGAAGAUUCAUGUUGCCAAGCAUAACAUGAUAAAACCUUAUAAAUGUCCGCGUUGCACCAAGCGUUUCAUCAAAGAGGAACAAUUGUCGAGCCAUUUGUCGAAACACGAUCGUACGUUCAAAAAACCCAAGGAGACCGAUACGUCCAAGAGAUUUUUGUGUGAAAUAUGCUCCAAGAGCUUUACCCAAUCGACCACGCUUAUUGCACACUUGAGAGCUCACAACGGUAUCAAACCUUACGUUUGUGAAGUUUGCGCGCGUCCUUUCACUACUAAUGCCUAUUUGAAGAUGCACAUGCGAACUCACACCCAAGAGAGGCCCUACACGUGCCAGCAUUGCUCGAGAGCUUUCGCUCGCGCGGACACUUUGGCCAAUCAUUUGACAUCUCACACCGGCGAAGCUAAAUAUCACUGCAAAUACUGUCCUAAAAAUUUUCGACGUCUCAAAUCCCUCAAAGAACACGUUUUCAUUCACACCGGUCAGAGACCCUACGCUUGUCCAACGUGCGAUCGUCGCUUCAACAACAACGGAAGUCGUUACGCUCACAGCAAAAGGUGCAAACAAAAUCACUUGCUAAAUUCGAAUCGACCCUCCAACGCUAACGCUAUUGGUACUCCGAUGUUGCAAGAAAAUAUUGUACACAAUCAGCUCGUACAACCGAUUAGACUUCAUCAGUUGACAACCACUCAUGAAUUAAUUUCCGAGCACGAUGAACAGACUCAAAUUCAGUUGGUCAAGUCGCAGAAUAUCAAAACUAUAACGAUCGCGAGAACCACCGACGAUCUCAACGGAACUCAAAUGAUGCAGCAUCAGGAAAUUCUCAUGCCGCUUAUUCUGCCUUUGACCGUUACGCUCACCGAUCCCGAUGAAGAAGUCAUUUUGCCCGAAGGCACUAAAAUUUAUACUACAGCUUAAGAAUCUUCUACAUUCUCCUCAAUGACGACUCAUCGAAGAGCGAUGCGACGAGAGUAUUUCCAAAUUUCGUUCUGGGAUCGUGUCACUAUCGAAUUUCACAUUCGUAUAAACACCCAGGGAUAUCCUUUUUUCUAGACACGUGACUUUUUCCGAACACACAUACACAAUUUUAUCUCGUACUCACUCUCUUCAAAUUCGGAUCUGAAUUUUUUCCCUCUAUUUUAUAUUUGACAAACGGAAACUCUGAGCUGCCGGAUUGCCAGUUUUUUCUAAUUUUUUUUUUUUUUUUUUACUUGUGCAUAUUGGUAGGUCGAGUGGGGGAAAAAAAUGUACAGAGAAACCGUGUUAUCAUUACGAGUAUAUAUAGUACAUAUAUAUUGUAUGAAUAUAGAGCUCCGUCUCAGCAAAUUUUAUUCAAAUUAUUGUUUACAAUUAUUUGGCUAAUACUAACUAUAGUAGACGAACUGAAACCUCUAUUUCGCUUAUGCUCUUAUUGUCUGCAUUAGAGAAUUCGUUUUAAAAAGUUGGGAUCAUGUGAACAUUUUUAAAUUCGCAGUCACGUAUCGUUGCUAGUGUAAAACCGCGGCUGAUAUAUAUGGGUUAUUUCCCAUGUAGUCUGCUCCCGGUAUUGUAGUACCACCGACGGUAUCAGCUUUUUUUUUAUGUUCAUUAGAAAAAUUAACGAGGUUGAUGCACACGAGGAUAAUAAUGCAAAGCAUUAAUUUUAGGUUUUUAACUUAAAAUCAAAGUUCUCGUAGUUAUUGUCUCCGUAGUGGGCUCUAUUUUUUUUUUGUUCAAGCUCAGAAGUAGGGAAAAAAAUCUUUUUUUUCAUGCAUAUCGCAUCGACGAGUUUAACUUUUCAAACGAUCGGCGUAUUUUUCAAUGAAAGACGACUGUCUCGCGUUUAUAUUUUAGUGAUAAACAAAUCUGUAUUUACGAAAUAAACUAUUUCCAUUUUUAUUUGUACAUAACUGUUACUACGAGUGUGAAUAAAGACUUUGUAGAAUUUAAAAA